AAUUUCAAAUUUCAAUUCAAAAGUAUGUUUAUGUUUUUUUUUUCAGAUUUACAAUAUCGAAGCAAAGGCAAACGGAGAUUAUGAAAGAUUACCUGGUGGAAAUGUUUCUAUAAUCAUUUAUUAUUACAAUAUUGUAACCGCUCAUAAUGGAGCAGACGAAACGGUUGAUUUUGAAGGAAUACAAAGAUUUGAGCCAAACUUUGGAUUAUCAACUUUUACAAACAAAGAUAACUUAACAGAAUAUAAGUAUGAUGUUACCAAAGAGUUGGUAAAAAGAAAUCUGUCAUCUAUUCUUCAAAGGAUGUUAAUGUUGAAUGUGAAGUUUGCACUUUAUUCACUGAAAGUAGACUUGGAAAACAAACAAACAAGAUGCCUUAAUAUUGAUGGAAAUGUUUCAUUUAAAAACAACGACAAUAAUGGACAGGUUGUGAUCAAGUUAACGACCCUUACUUUUCCAAUCAAAUGUCAAUGGUCCACCAACAUCCAAAAGCAAUGUGAAGUAGACAACAAAGAUGUAGUUAUAGUAUUUGCAUUUUUAACAUCAAUUGAAGACUUUGUAGCGUUUGUUCUUGGACUAAUCAUACUUGCGUAUAUUUGGAGGUUUAAAUCGUACCCAUAUACUGAAUGCUUUCGCAAUAUUCAGUGGUGGAAUCUCGUGUCUGUAGCAGGUGGUAUUUGUUCUAUAGUUGGCAUUUAUCGGAUAUCGGAUAUGUUAACAGAACAGUUAGAAGAAGAGCGCGUUUUGUUGAGUAAGUGGGAUAAUAACCUUGUUUUGCUAGGAUCAGGAUGUCUUUUAACUUGGUUUUCAGUUGUACGUUUCUUCAGAAUACACAAAAAAUUUACCCUUCUAAUCAAAACACUUCAGAGGGCAGCUGGUGAUUUAAUCCUUUUUCUAAUCUGGGUAGUACUUAUCUUUAUUGGAUUCUGGUUGUAUUGUUACAUUGUCCUUGGUCCCUACCACUUUAAGUUUCAAAAGAUGUCAACCGCAGCAGAAACUUUUAUUUUCAAUUAUCAACGGAGAUGAAAUAUUUGCAACAUUCUCCAAUUUACAAGAAGAGUAUGUUGGGAGCACAACUAGUAUUUAUGCGUUUUCAAGAAUUGUUAUAUACACUUAUGUGUCUUUGUUUACUAUCUUGGUUCUUAAUCUGCUAAUUGCGUUGUUC